AUGGAUGAUAAUAGUAAUAAUAAUAAUAAUAAUAAUAACAAAAACAAUAAUAGUAGUGAUAGUAAUAAUAAUAAUAAUAAUAAUAAUAAUAAUAAUAAUAAUAAUAAUAAUAAUAAUAAUAAUAAUAAUAAUAAUAAUAAUAAUAAUAAUAAUAAUAAUAAUAAUAAUAAUAAUAAUAAUUCUAAAUUUAAUAAUAUAAAUAAUUUUACAUUUCCACCACAAAAUAAUGGUGGUAAAUUAAAAUUUAAUUUAAACCCUAUUGUUAAUAUUGAUAUAGAUGAAUUGGGUGAUAAAAUUAAUAAUUUUAAAAUUGUGGAUAAUUCAAUUAUUGGUUCAACUACCUCUUUACAAAAUAGUAAUACAAGUAUUGGUGAUGGUUUACUUCAUUCUUCAAUUAAUAGUUCAACAAGUAAUAAUUCUUCACCAACAAAUAGUAAAUUCAUUUUAAAUCGUGAUAAUAGUAAUAGUAGUAUAGGUAGUAGUAAUAGUAGUAAAAAUAAUAAUAAUAUUAAUAGUAGUAGUGCAACAAAUACUAGUACAACAACAACUACUACUACUACUACAAAUACAGCAACAACUACAACAAAUACUGGAUAUAAUUUAGAUAGUAGUAGUGCAACAAAUACAGCAACAACAACAACAACAAAUACAGGAUAUAAUUUAGAUAGUAGUAUUGACACAUUUCAGAACUGUAUGGUUAUAAAAGAGCAUGAUGACCAUGGUUAUAAAUAUACUCAUGAUUCAAGUAUAGAUGGUGAAGCUGAUUCUUCAUCUGAUAGUUAUACUACAUCAUUCAAUAGAAUGAAUAAUAUAAAUAAAAGUUCACCAAGUUCAAUUUCACCACCAAUACCAAACUAUCCACACACUAUAUUACCAAAUUCAACAACACCAACACCACCAACAACAUCAACAACUAAUAAUAAUACAAAUGUUGCAACAAGUGUAACAACUCAAUUACCACCACCAUCAAUUGUUAAUCAAAUUGAUAGUAUUUUAGAACCAGCACCAAUUGAUUUAUCACAAAUACCACAAUCUUAUUUUUCAACCAAUUAUAAAUCAAGUGGUAAUAAUAUAAAUACAUCAAACUAUAAACAAUCACAAUAUUUGGAUGAUGAAUAUGAUGAAAAGAAAGCGGCAUCACAACCAAUUCAACCACCACUUUCAACAGCAAAAGAUUGGAAUGCGGAAUUUCAAAAUUUAGUUUACAAUAAUAAAAUUGAAGGUUAUAGAGAAUUGAGUAAACUUGCUCAUGAUUUUGUUUAUACCGCUAAAAUAUAUGGUAAAGUUAUCAUAUCUGAAUUAACAUUACCAUUACAUUUAAAAACAAUUAAACCAAUUAAUAUUGGUGGUGUUGCUGGUGGUCAUAAAUAUAUUGCAUUAGGUAUUUUAUUUAAAUUAGCAUUAGAUUCACAAGGUUUAUAUGUUGGAGAUCAAAAUGCAAUGAAAGCAGCAGGACAUGAAUUAAAAGGUUUAAUGAGUUAUUAUAAUUGUAGAGUUGAAGGUUUACAUCAUCCAUUAAUGGCAUUAAUUGAUUAUAGAGGAUAUCGUUUAGUUGCAAUGUCACUAUUACCAAUUAAUUCAGAUACGAUUGUUUAUGGAAGUAGUGAUGGUGGUAUAUCAGUUCAUAACUCUGAUGAGGAUUUCAAUCAAAAGAUGAUAGAAUCUGCGAAAAUAUUGAAUAUUAAAGGUCAUAUGGUAGGAAAAGAUGAGCAGAAACUUUUGUAUUCAUGUGGUGACAUUGAGGGACAUAUCGGAUCCGAUAGUAAGAGGUAUCUAUUGGAUUUCGCUAGAGUGUUCCCACCACAGAUGAAACUAUUCGAUAAAGGACCACCAACUCAUCUAUUCGAACUCAUUAGACCCGAACUUGUAAAAUCAAACUCUGUACCAUUAUCAUCGGAUGCUUUAACGGGUUGGGGUAAAUUCGACUCGCUGGCAUUGGAGCAUAAUAAUCAAGUGAAGGAAGCAUCGUUCAGAUUGUUUCUAAAGGUUAUACCAGAGCUUGCACAUUAUUUGAAUAAUUUGGAUAAGAGAGAGAUUCAUCUAACACAGGAACUUCACAGGGUCGGUGUAAAUUGUAGACAUAUGGGUUUGGUUAGAAGAUAUGUAAAGAAUAAAUAUGUAAGAAAGAUACUGUUGGAUGAGAUUAUGGCAAGAACUAUGAAAUCAGAGAUGAUGCAAUUGUUUAGAAGUAAGAUGAAGACUGCGGACACUCCAUCUGAAGAGCCUUUCAAAGAGGUGGUGGUACAAUAUUUGAAUGCUCUCUUCAAGUAUGAGGAUUCUGUCACUACACCAGGUUGUAAAGUUUGGCCACGUUCCCUAAGAAAAUCAAUUGAAAAGAAAUUCUUUGGAACUUUUCAAAUGAAUGAUACCAACUCUAGUGUGAUCACUUUUGAGAAGAUUCAAGGCAAACGUUUUGAUGAGGAUGCCAUAAAGAGAUUUAUAAAGGGUGCAAGUUUCACCAUUCAAGAGGAGAUGUUUGUAGAUAGUGUAGAUAUACCAAAUGUAAUGAAACGUUUCAAUCAAUUGACUGGUGUCGGGUUAACUAGUAGAGCAUUGAGAGAGAUCACCAAACAUGAUGGUGUUAGAUUGGUACAAUCCGAUGUAAAGAGAAUGAAAGCCAAAGUUAAGGCACAUCAUUUGGUGGAGUUUGCCGAAGGUAUGGUUCUUUGGGAUGAAGCAAAGAAGGAGAAAUCAAGAGAAAAGAUAGAGGGUGCUUUCUGUCCUUGUCCAGUGACAUUGAUCAAUGGUGAUGCUGCCGAUAAAAUCACAGAUCGUCUCUUUGGCUUGGCAGAUGACCAUUUUCGUAGCGCAUUAUCAGUUUCACCGCAUUCAGCAGAGGUCACUGCAAAUUGGGCAAUGAUGUUGAUGGAAAGAGCAAGAAUGUCAAGAGAAUGUGUGCCACAAGAGGCGGAUCUCUAUUAUAAUGCCGCCGAGGAAAAGGUUAGAUCAUGUUUGGCCGAUGGUGGUAAACCAAAGAUUGCAUUGGAGAAUGUAUUAUUAGAGUAUUCGGAAUUCCUUUGUAUUUGGGGUACUACCACCGACCAAAUCUUGGAUCUCAAUGAAGCCAAUGGGCUAAAGAGUAAAGUAUUUAGUAGAGCAAGUAAAAAGUUGAAUGAAUGUGUCAAAUUGAAUCCAUCAAAGUUUGCAUUGGUUUUACAAAAAUCGAAAAUCAUCGAUAACCUAUUUCAUCAAUCAUCAUUCUUUAAACAAUCUGCAGCAGUCUAUGCAGCGGUUUGUACCAUUUGCGAUUGUUUGAUACAAUCAUUCCUAAAUAUACCUCCACAAUAUUAUAGAGAGAUUGCAGAGGUGAUCAUUCAAAAUCUCAAUCCAAUGGAUUUAAUGAAAUCGGAUCCAGAGGCAAUAGGUAAUCCAACGAUCAAUGGUGAGAAUAUGUUUGAUAAAAUUAAAGCCGUCAAUGAUAUACCAUUGAAAAAUGUACUCUCCACUAGAAAGGAUGAGAAUGAAAUCAAUUACCUCUUGGAACAUAAUCCAUUAGAAAUAUUGAAAGCGGAAAUGGGUGUAAUGUAUCUACGUUAUGGUUACACCUCUCAUGUCUAUGGUAUUCAAUGUUCAAAGAGACAACACACCAAAAUGGCAUCAAUAAAGUUAUUCAAUAAAACAGGCGGACUCUUUCAACGUGGUAUCGAUAUGGAUUCCUAUAAUAAGGAUUUCAUGUUGGAUCAUAUUAAAAAGUUUACCUCGUCAAGUCAGUUUGUUGAAUUCUAUCAAUCAAUCAUUGGUUGUCCUUGUAUUAUGGAAUUUGUAAAGGAUAGACUAUCGAGAAUCGCUCAUAUGUCUCUAAAAGAUUGUAAUCAUCUCUCUAUAGAAUUUGUUGAGGGUGUAAUUGAACUAUCACAUCGUGUUAGAAUGUUGGUAUUGGAUGGUUGUACUCAGAUCACCAAUGAUACCAUCAAAUUAAUCAUUAGAAAGUUACCACAUUUAGAAACACUAUCUUUAGCUGGUUGUCAAAAUAUUUCAACCAUUAUACCCAAUUCAAUGUUGAAAGAGUUUCAACAAGAUAAACAAAAACAACAACAACAACAUUUACAACAACAACAACAGCAACAACAACAAGAUCAAAAAGAAAAUAAAAUUUGUUCAUUAUUUGAUAAAAAUUGUCAUUCAAGUAGUAGUAGUGGUAAUAGUAGCAGUACAAGUAUUAAUAGUAGUACAAAUAUUGGUGGUAAUCAAUUUGGUGGUGGUCUUACAACUAGUGGUGGUACUUUAGGUGGUGGUGGUGGUAGUAGUGGUAGUUUAUCAAAUUCAAGUUCACCUUCAAAUUCAUUUUUAUCAACUUCAAAUUCUUCAAAUUCAUCAUUCUCUUCAGAGAAAACAACUUCAGUUAAUCAUAGACAUAGUAUUUCUGCAACAUUAAAUGUACCAUUUGUUAGUUCAAAUUCAUUAGCACAAUCAUCACCUGGUAGUCCAAUUUCACCAAGAAUAAAUAAUAGUAAUCCAUCACCAUCACCAUCAUCAACUUUACCACAACAUAAUUCAACAUCAAGUUUAAUAUCACCAUUAUCAUCAUCAUCAUCAUCAUCUCAAUCAUCAUCUCAAUCAUCAUCAAAUGUUAAUACAACUGUAUCAAUGUCAACAACAUCAUCAUUGGAAUCAUUUGUAUAUGUUAAACCAUUUAUAAAUUUACAAAAUUUAAAUUUAAAUGAUUGUAAAUCAAUUAAUGAUCAUCAAUUAAUUAAUAUAGCUCUAAUGCAAUUACCAUUGGUAAAUGUUUAUUUGAAAAGAUGUAAUGUUUCAGAUUUAUCAGUGGUUCAAUUGGUUCAAAAUUGUCCAAGAUUAUCAACUUUGGAACUCUCUUAUACAACCAUUACAGAUCAAUCAGUGUUGGCAAUCUCAAGUGGUUGUUUAUCUUUGAAAGAAUUACAUUUGGAUGGAUGUUUAGCGGUUGGUUGGUUAUCAAUUGAAAAGUUGGUUAGAACGAUUCACGAUAUACGUUUACUAUCAUUGGCUGAAUGUCCUGGUGCUGCCAAUGAUAAUACUUUACGUUUGAUUGGAAAGUAUUGUACCAAUAUGCAUUUCUUAACAUUGUCUUCAAAUACUACAAUAACCGAUUCCGGUAUGAUUAGCAUGUGUAAACAUACAACUUAA